CUUAUAAUUUUGACAGACUUUUGCAGGAGAUGUUUUAAGGUUCAACUUUCCCCUCCAUGUUUUUAUUACUGUUCAAAAAUUAAAGGGAGGUGGCUAUGUUGAACCUUUCCUGUGACAUACUAUUAAUAUUUGAUGGGAUUGCAUUGAUAUGAAAAUCUUAUUAAACGAUUUAAUUUCCAGAUUUGUUUCAUAAAGAGAAGAACAUGGAAGAUGUAAGAAAGCUGGGAAUUUCCUUUUCUCUUGUGUUAUUUUUAAGUGUAUUUAUCAUGUCUGUUGCUAUACUAAAACAGCUACCACUUUACUUAUUUAGAAAUAACUGACAGCUCAGGCCUGAGCUAUGGCAUUUUAUUCAUAGAAUAGUACUUCUGCUUACUCUUUGAGAAAAAAUUCUCAUAAGCUUUAUUUCUGAUAGUUAAACCUUUAGAAAAUUAAGGCUAGCAAAUUAGAAGAGGAAAGAGGAGUAUGCUAUAUUUGCUAUGCAAAUAGAUUCGGAAAAUGUGGAAGCUCCAUUCUUUUCUAGGUGUCUGGUUACUUGUAGAAAUCAAACAAGUCUGUCUGUCUGCUUCUCUGUAAACAUAAAACCUAUGUAUCUAUAUCUGUGUAUAUACAUGUAUGCGGAAUCUAGUAGCUACAAAGGUGUGAUGGUGAUGAUAAGGCAAUUUUAAGACUGUUCUCAUCAAUGUUAAGAAUGAUGAUCCCAGCCUACCAGGCAAAAUUUAAUUAUGUUCAGAAUUCUGAGUUUAAGAAGGCAGAGGAGAUGUAUAUGAGGCAUCUUAUAAAGAUUUAAAUGUAAAAUUUGAUGGAGUGAAACAAAAUCUUAAAAAUUUAAAAAGAGAAAGACCCGCAUUAUCUGGAAAUUGCAGCAUCCACGUAAUUGAGGUUUUUAUGGACUAAACUUUGGUGAUUUUUACAUUAUGGUGUUGUAAUCAUAUAAAUUUUCUAAGAUGCGUGGUCAUGUUCAGAUAAUGCAUUUAUAUUAAAAAUGUACUUUUUAAAGGGAAUUGUUGAGGGAGAUGGCAAUUCAGUAGAAAGUGGAAGUGUUAUUAAUUUCCUAUUCUCAGGUUAUUUGUGGGUAUAGUUUCUUAAGGAGAAAUGAUUAAACAGAAAGUCUGUUGAUAGUGAAGAAUAUGCUUACCUUUACUAUCUGAGCUUUGAAUGAGCUGCUGUGUGCUUUUUUAUGGUUUAUCUUUAAAUUUCUAGUUUUCAUAACCAACUUUAAGGGGUAGGUGUUAGCUCCAUUUUACAGAUGGAAGCUGAGACACGUGGGAAGAAUGACAUACCCACGGCGUCAUAGUUAAUGAGUGCUGCAGCCAGCUUGCCACCCCAUGUCUGGCGCAUUCUAAAGCCUAUACUGUCUUCUUUAAGUCAUAAUCUUUCCUAGUCUUCAAGUAUGAUAAAUGUUUACUAAAGAUAAUAGCCCAAGCUAAGGAAAAUGAAAAGAAAGAUCAUACUAUGCAUGGUUUUACUUGCUUACUUAUUUUUACUCUGCAUACUAUUUUUGACUGAUUAAUUUGGUUUUAAUUACAUCUUUUAUUUGAGGGUUCCCCCUACUAAGAAUUAAACAUACAUGUAGAGGCACCUGAGUGGCUCAGUCAGUUAAGUGUCCUACUUCAGCUCAGGUCAUGAUCUCGCGGUUUGUGGGUUUGAGCCCCGUGUCCAGCUCUGAGCUGACAGCUUGGAGCCUGGAGCCUGCUUUCGAUUCUGUGUCUCCCUUUCUCUCUGCCCCUCCCCCACUUGUGUGUGCAUGUUCUCUCUCUCUCUGUCUCAAAAAAAAUAAACAUUAAGAAAAAAUAAGUGUACAUAUAUAUUAGUAUUUUCUUUCUUCCUUUUCCUUUGUGCCUGGUUACAGAUAAUGAAAUUUCUCAAAGUUUUUGCUUUCUUGGCCAGUUGUCUUAGAUCCCGCCUAGCUGGGGCAGUCCCAGAGUGUUGUAUAACUGGCAUUUAAUACGAAGCCUUUUCUCACUCAGUGUCUCACUUGCAUCUGGGCUGUUGUGUCUGUGAGUACAAACACUGAACCAUGAGUCAGGUAUCCUGAUUGAGAGAGUGUGAAAGUAGGCACAGGAUAGAUUUACUUAUUCUAUCUGUUCUUUUAGACAUUUCAGUAGCUCUCUUUCUUGCUUUGGAGGAUUCUGGUAUUUUUCACUCAAGUAGUUUAGGGAUCUAAUUUGGUGGUUUUACAUUUAAGAAAUGGAAUGCUUGAAACAUGUAAGUGCAAUCAUAGCUUUAUCCUUCUUUUUGGCCAUAAGUUACAUGUAUGUGAAAUAACAGAUCUUAAAUGUCACAUUUUGAUGAGUUUUGAUAUGUAUAAAUGCAUGUUACCCAUGGCUAUCGAGAUACACCAUGUUUCCAAUCAUCUCUAAAAGUUUCCUUAUACUUCUUGUUGGUCAACACACAUCCACAUCCACACCUGAUUUCUUUCAUCAAAAAUUAGUUCCAUGUAUUUCAGAACUUCACUGUAUGGACAUAUUACAGUUUGUUUAUUGGUUUCUAUGUUGAUGGAUAUAUGGGUUGUUUUCAGUUUUGGGCUAUUAAAAUUAAAGUUGUGGGGCACCUGGGUGGCUCAGUCGGUUAAGCAUCUGACUCCAGCUCAGAUCAUGAUCUCGCUGUUCACAGUCUGAGCCCCACGUUGGGCUCUGUGCUGACAGCCCAGAGCCUGGAGCCUGCUUCAGAUUCUGUCUCCCUCUCUCUCUGUCCCUAUCCUGCUCAUGCUCAUGCUCUGUCUCUCAAAAAUAUAUAAAAAUUAAAAAAAAUUUAAAAAAGGACAUUCAUUAUAAAAAUAGAACUGCCCUAGGACCCAGCAAUCGCAUUACUGAGUAUUUAUCUAAAGUAGACAAAAACACUAAUUUGAAGAGAUAUGUGCACCUCUAUAUAUGUAGCAGCAUUAUUUACAGUAGCCAAAUUAUGGAAGCAGCCCAAGUGGCCAUCAAGUGAUUAAUGGAUAAAGAAGAGGUGGUGUGUGUACACACACACACACACACACACACACACACAGGAAUACUAUUCAUCCAUAAAAAAUAAUGAAGUCUUGCUAUUUGCAGUGUCAUGUAUGGAGCUUAGAGAGUAUAAUGCUAAGCAAAAUAAGUCAGUUGGAGAAAGACACAUACCAUAUUUCACCCAUAUGUGGAAUUUAAGAAACAAAGCAAGCAAAGGGACAAGAGAGAGAGAGAGAAGUGCCAAGAAACAGACUUUUUUUUAAAUAUGAAAUUUAUUGUCAAAUUGGUUUCCACACAACACCCAGUGCUCAUCCCAACAGGUGUCCUCCUCAAUACCCAUCACCCACCCUCCCCUCCCUCCCACCCCCCAUCAACCCUCAGUUUGUUCUCAGUUUUUAAGAGUCUCUUAUACUUUGGCUCUCUCCCACUCUAACCUCUUUUUUUUUUCUUCCCCUCCCCCAUGGACUUCUGUUAAGUUUCUCCGGAUCCACAUAAGAGUGAAACCAUAUGGUAUCUGUCUUUCUCUGUAUGGCUUAUUUCACUUAGCAUAACACUCUCCAGUUCCAUCCACAUUGCUACAAAGGGCCAUAUUUCAUUCUUUCUCAUUGCCACGUAGUACUCCAUUGUGUAUAUAAACCACAAUUUCUUUAUCCAUUCAUCAGUUGAUGGACAUUUAGACUUUUAACUAUAGGGAACAAAUUGGCGGGCGAUAGGGGAAAUAGGUGAUGGGGAUUAAGGAGUGCACUUGCUGUGAUGAUCACUGGGGGCUGUAUGGAAGUAUUGAAUCACUAUGUUGUACACCUGAGACUAAUAUAACACUGUAAAAAAAAAAGUAAAAAGUUGGGCCAUUUUACACUAAUACUUAAAAUUUAUAAGAGUUUGACUUAUGCAUUCUUACCGAUAUUUAGUAUUUGCAGUGUUUUAAUUUUAGUCAUUCUGGUGAGUAUGUAGUGAUAUCUCACUGUGAUUUUACUUUGCCUUUUCUUGAUGACUAUUGAUGCUGAAUACUGAUGGCCAUUUCUUCCUUUGUGAAGUACCUAUGACAGCAUUUCCCCAUUUUUAAUUGGGUUGUUUGUAUUUUUACUAACAAAGUGUAGGAGUCCUCUUAUAUAUUUUGGAUACAGACUUUUUGUUAGAUAUAUGUUUUGCUAGUGUUUUCUACUAGUCUUUUGACUUACUGAUUUUUUUAAUGCUAUCUUUUGAAAAGCAGAAUUUUGUUUUUAGUAUAAUUCAUUACAUUUUACCUUUAUAGUUAUUUUCUGCAUUUUAAGAAACCUUUGUCUACUUAAAUGUCAUGAAGAUAUUCUCCUUCUAGGAUGUUUCCUUCUAGAAACUAUAUAUUUAUAGUUUUAAUAUUUAUGUUUAGAUCUGAUUAUCUCAAAUAUAUUUUUGUGCGUGGUAUGAGGAAGGAGUCUAAGUUCAUUUUUCUCAUUAUCCAAAUUUUUCUAGUAACAUUUACUGAAAAAAUAUUCUUUUCCUCUUGACUUGUUUUAAAGUCUGUUAAGAUUCAGUUGGUAAGUGUGAGUUUAUUUUUGGACUGUAUUCUUUUUAGUGAUUUGUUUGUUUAUCCUUGUGCCAGUCUUCCAACUUUUAAAAGAUCCUUUCACAAGAUUGUUUUAGCUACCCUACGUCCUUUUUUAUUUACAUAAAAAUUGUAGAAUCACUUAGAAUCAACAAAUAGCAAUAUAUCCAUAGAUUAAUUUGAGAAAAGCUAACAUUCUUAUUAAUAGUGUUGAGUCUUCUAAUCCAUAAAGGUAGUAUAUCUCUCCAUUUACUUAUGACCUUUUAAUUUUGUAGUUUUCAGGGUAGAGGUCUUACACAUCUUUUGUUUUAAAUUUAUCCAUAUUUUCUGUUUUUGGGGGCUGUUGUAAAUGGUUUGUUGUUUUAAAAUUUCAUUUACUGUAGUUUGUUGCAAGUAUCCAGAAAUUCAAUGAUUUUUGUAUAUUGCCCUUGUAUUUGGACAAGAUUUACUCAUUAGUUCUAAUAGUCUUUGGGGUAGAUUUUUGAAGUGUUUCUUAUGUGUGUAGUUAUGUCUUCUUGUAUGGCUUAGCUAUUUUUUUUUUCUUGCCUGUUACUGACAGGGACCUCCAGUAUAAAGUGAAUGGAAGUGGUGAGAGCAGACAUCUUUGCCUUUUUUUCUAUCUUAAGAAGAAAGCUUUUACUCCUUCACCAUUAAAUAUCACUCUAGCUAUAGGAUUUAUCAGAUUGAGGAAGUUUUCUUCUGUAAUGCACUCACUUGAUAGCUGUGAAAUAUUUGUGAUUGUUAAUAACUUGUCUCCUAAUGAAAUAAAGCUAAUAAUAUAAACUCGCUUUCUAUCCUUGAGAGAUCACUAAAUCAGUGGAUUGUAACAUAUGCUACUUUUUUUUUUUUUUUUUUUUUUUUUUUUUUUUACAUUUAGACCAAAUUGCUUUGAUAGAACAUUUAACACAUAUUGGUUCUGCAUUUUGCAGCAUUUGCUAGAUAGGAUUUUUCAAAGCAUUAGUUAAAUAUUCAUAUUGAAUUGGGUUUAGGGAGAAGUAUAGAUAAAUAAUAUUGCCCUUAAUUUGAAUUUAUUAGGCUAAUUCUUCUUCUGAAAUUUGGUUAUAUGUUUUAUAGCUUUCUUGUGAAGCUUGUAUGUCAUUCAAGGGGGAUUAUAAGGAACUUUGUGUAUUCUGAGGUUCACAGAAACUGGUUAUUAGUGUUUCUUGUCUUGCAGACUUUUUGAGCUAUUUUUAUGUUCUUUACAUUAAAGCUUAUUAAACACGUACUUGUUUAGCUCCAAUUUUAUGCCCAAAAGUGUAAAGUAGGUACUUAAGAUAUAAUGCGAACAAAACAGGUAUUGCUCCCUUCAUGGGGCUUGCAGUCUAGUCAGAAAGACAAAAUUGAAUGAAAUAGAUCAUUAUAAAUUAUGAUAGGUAUAGAAUCUGGUCUAAUCUGGGAAUUCAAGGAAGGUGUCUGUGAGGAAGUGGUAUUUGAAUUAAAUCUGAAGGUUAUUUCUGUGUUAACUAAAAGAAGUGUGAUGGCAUAGUAAGCAGCAGGUGCAAAUGUCCUGAGGCAGUAGACAACAUAGCAAAUAUAUGUAGUACAGGGGGAUGGUUAGAAUAGGAGGCGGUAGAACCAGGUUAGCUAAUCCUAAACAACAUAGAAGUAAGAUUGAAUUGGUAUGUGGAGAACAGAUUUUAUAGGACUUACUGGGACUUUAUCCUAAGGGCAGUGUGAAACCACUGAAGUAUUUUAAAAGGGGAGUGAUAUCAUCUGGCUUGCAUUUUUUAAAGAAUAUUCUGUCUGUGCAUAAUGGAUUAAAGAGAGGCCACAGGCAGCUCAUGAGGACUGCACUGGAAGCCACUACAUGCACUCCCACACAAGACGAUGCGAGCUUGCUUAGGGUAGUGACAGCCGAGAUAGGGAAGAGUUAAUGGAUGGGAGGAGUACUUGAAGAAACAGAUAAAUUCUGAAUGCAUACACCUUUUUUGUACCUUUAAAAUUGUUUAAAAAAAACACCCUUUUCUGUACAUGUUUACUUUUUACAAUAUUAUAUUGGUGGUAUAGUUCUCCUUGAUAAUCAUCACCUUCUUUUUAUCUUACUUACCAUUGAUGCUGAUGUCUCUCUCUUACUCUGCUAUUUAGGUCCUAUUGAGUAGUUGCCUGAAAUGCUUAGAUGUUUAAUAAUGAACUAUUGAUUCAUAUAAAAGAAUAUAUAAAACAAUUUAAGGUAUAAGUAAAAAAAAGCAAAUACCUGUGAUGUGUCACCUCAUAAAGCUAUAGUUUUAGCUGUUAGAAGUAAUUCUGAAGUAUUCCAACUAAUAAUUCCUCUUAGAUAUUUCCCAACUAGCAUUCAUCAGUUAAAAGGAGAGAGAGGUGGUUGACAAUGAUUGCAGUAAGAAUGGCAAUAAUAAAACACCUAAUGACCCCUAACAUAAAGAGAGUUAUGCCUAAUUAAAGACAAAGAAUGAUUUAUGUAAUGAGCUAUGUAAAUAUAUGACAUUAAUGCUUUUUUGUUAUUAAAGCUUCACAUUAUAAAUUAGUUCCUAUUAUAAUCAGAUUAGAAAAAAGUAUAGAAAGGGAGAAAAAUGAGGGACCAGUAGAACAAGUCAAUGUCUAAAAAGAAGAAAAUUAUCUUGUUAGAACUGCUAAAGCUUUUUUUGGAAGUUGGUAGAAGGAAAGAAGAAAGUGGAUCAAAGGCUCUGCUUGAACUCUCUUGUAUUAUCAUUUAUUUGCCUUUGGAAGCGUGUACAAUUACGGAUUAUUUAGAAUAUUCGUAGACUCAAAUCCCUGUCAGCGAUUAGUUUUGGGAAAUAAAUGUAUCAAAUGAAAGCGAUCUAGAAUUUGAAUUUCCCUAUGAGAUUAUUUUGCCAUUUCUCUAAUUUUGGAAAUAGUACAUUCAAAACUGUUUUAAAAAUAUGUAAAGCCUAUCCUUGGAAAAGGUUUAUUUAGAUUUUGGUAAUAUAUAGAUAACUUUAAUAAUUGAUAGUGUUUUAUUUUCUGAUGGUUUUAUAGUAAAGCUGAGUAUUAAACUCCUUUUAUUUUAUUUUUUUUUAAUUUUUUUUAAUGUUUAUUUAUUUUUGAGACAGAGGGAGACAGAGCAUGAACGGGGGAGGGUCAGAGAGAGAGGGAGACACAGAAUCUGAAACAGGCUCCAGGCUCUGAGCUGUCAGCACAGAGCCCGACACGGGGCUCGAACUCACAGACCAUGAGAUCAUGACCUGAGCCGAAGUCAGACGCUCAACCGACCAAGCCACCCAGGCGCCCCUUAAACUCCUUUUAAUAUGGAGUAUGGGACCUGUCUACAUUCAUGAAUAUUUAUCAAAUGUAAUUUUUAUUUUGAAUAUUUAUUAUUAUUGUAAAUGAGACUAUUAGUUAAAUCCAUUCCUGUUUGAUUUUAAUGCUUUUAUGUAUCCCUAAAGGUCAAACUACUUCCCUUGUAAAAUAGGACUUUCUAGCCUUUUGUAUUGUAUAUUUAAAUAUUUUCUUUCAAACCUCAACAUGGUACUCAUUCUAUGAUUGUUAUUCUAACUUGUUUUAUGAAUUAUUCUGGUAAUGAGAAAUGUGCUUCCAUUCUUUCUGUAUUUCACCUAAACCCCUGGAGAUUUUUGACAAUAAUAUGGUCUUCAUUCCUAUAAGGCAGUUCAACAUGGAGGAAAGAAUAGGGUUUUCUGUUCUUUAGAAAUCAUUUUUGGAAUCCAAAAUAGUUAUUCUUAGACAUUACCUUACUGGCAGCCAUCAGUGGAAAGGAAAGGGAAGAAGAGAGGGGUUCAUCAAUAUGGUGUUAGGAAUGACACUUUUGACCUGUUUCAUUGCUAGUUUCAUGACUGUCGGAAGCAAGUUAUGCUUACCUUCUGUAGUACCUGUCUUCUUCCUUUGGAAAGUGAUAAUGAUGGGUACCUACUCCAUAAAGACUUAAGGUUUUUAUAGAGAGGAAAUAUAUAAAGCACUUAGCAUAAUGCUUGGCACACAGAAUGUGCUCAACAGAUGUUAGUUUAUCUUCCAUUUUCAGCUUAAUUUUCCUUAUCUAAGUCUGAAAUAAUUUGUAAAUUAGUUCUAAGUCACUUUAAAGAAGAGUGCUGAUCCCAUAAGAAAUAUGCUUAAAAUAGAAAAUGUUUGCCUAUAGUAAGUCAAAGUAAGUAGAACUGUUUUUAACCUCCCUCAAAUAAAGUAGCUUAAUUUGCUUGCUUCUCACUUGGGUGUGAGUAGCUCAGUCACGGUAUGACAGUUCUUUGACUCUUGAGUGUUUUUCAUAUUAGGAUAAUAAGUGGAGUAAACAAUCAUUCUACUUAUUUCUAAUGCCUACUUUUCAGAGUUCACAUUUGACCUUAAAUAUUUCCCCAAAUAGAUGUUAGCAUAGAGGUGUUAGUUCCAAUGCUCUGUUUAUACACUUAAAUACAUCGGAUUCAGCAAUUUAGUGUGGGUGUGGCAGGGAUUGGAGAGAUUAUUAAAUGACUUAACUUCUGUUAAUCAAAACAUACCUAUAUUUUAGGGAGUAAAAAUAGUAGCUAUAUCACUUGAGUUCACGAAGUCUUAGCUGAUUUUUAAUAAUUAAUAUGUUUUUUUCUGCCAGUGAGCAUUAGAUUACUGCUGACUUUUUAGUGUCAUAGUACCUUGUGGUAGUUUCUCUACAGGGUUUAAAGGUGUAUCCCAGUGUUUUUUUGGUUUUUUUUUUGUUUGUUUGUUUUUUGUUUUUGUUUUGUUUGUUUCUUACUGUCUGGUCCAUAGGAAUUAAUCUUAUAAAUGCUAUAAGGAGACUAUCUCUAGAGAUUCAUACAUGCCAUUAAUAUAUUAUAAGGAUCGGUCAGUUCCAUUGUCUUCUUUUGUCAAUCUUGAUCAGAGCUUGCCGAGUAAGUCUAUAAGCCUGCAUGUGCCUGGCAACUGUUACCUAGUGACAGUUUCAGCUGCAGUAGCCAUUGGCUGUGCUGUUGAUUGGGGCAGGAGGACCGAGUCACCUUUCUGAUGGUGGUGAGUUCUUCUGCAUCAGCUCAGGAUGAGGAGGAGAGGAGCAGGGCUCCGGCUCAGGUGGAGGCAGUGAUACUGAGAGAUUGUGAAGAAUAUAGCGACAGCAUCCUGGUAACUGCAUCACAGUAAAUCGGACUUCUGAAUCAAGCAGCCCAGCCUAGCAGCUGAUAAGAGUGAAUGUAGGUGAGAAGCUUUGCCUUAUUCCCGUAAGAAGAGAACUAUUUUGUGAUAAGUGAAACUAGGAAUGUGCAAGGAGGAAUAUUCUGUGGCUGUUAUAAAAGAAGGACUUCCCUGAAUGACUUGGUGGUGCACGAGAAAAUAACUUUCAGAAGAAUGCUUUCUGUUAAGCUGCUGCUUUGUUCCUGAAGGAAACGUUUUUAUCUCUAAUGCAUGUUACUUCUUCAAGAGGUAUGACAACAAAGACUGACAAGAAACUCUCUGAAAUACCUGUACUUUUAAAAAGAUUUUUGAUAAAUGUUAACCUGAUAACAGAAUGACCUUGGAAGCCUCUUGGAUGGAUUCUAUCCUGCAAGCCUUUCAGUAUUUCAAACUCUAGGAUUUAAACUCAUCUUGAUGCUUUAGAGGUAUUUUAAAAUAAGACCAUCUUAUAACCUACCUAAUGACCCCUGUACUAAUCGAGCACUUGUUCAAAAUAGAAAACAGAAAUAGAAGAGGCAUUUUCAUAACAUAUGGCUGCUGUAUAACUGCAAGUAUAGCAAACAAGGUAAUUUUCCACUUUCAGAAGAUUUAGUCGAAGUAAUGAUUUAAUGUGUUAAUCCUCUGAUGAAAGUAGAAUAGAAACAGACUAUGAAGCCUACUAGAAAUACCUAAGUAAGAAAUAAUGGCAGCGUUUCUAGUCAAAUAAGCUCAGAGUGCAUAGGAAAGUUUCUAUUGUUUAAAUUUCAUAUAUACGUGAGAUAUAGGUGUGGUUGCAAAGGUGAGAAAUAACUUUGAGCUGUGAAUCUAUUAUUCCGUUAUAAGGAAGGUAGCAUAUCAGAUAAUGAAAGUUACUUUCAAUUAUUGAUGCUGAAAUUAAUAACAUUUAUUUUCCCUUUGAAAAGGAGAGCAUACAAAUUACAUGUAGAACCAGUAAUUGUAAUGGACUAAAACUGUUUUCAUCCGAAUGCUUAAAAAAUUGCAUGCAGAAUUAAAACUUUACAGUUUAUCAUAUCUUGUCACGUGUUAACCCAUUGCACAUUAUCUUCACUACUGGAAAUAUGCUUUUGUUUACUCAUGAGAGUUAUAGGGCAGUCUGGAGUCUGUUACCCUAUUCUGCUCCUUUGUGCCCAAGUAGACCCGAGUCUUUUAGAAUUAACCUUGUGUGUAUGUGUGUGUGGGGAUUUAGCUUUUUUGAGAAAUGAGAAAUAGAUCAUAAAGUUCAUCCACCAGCAUCGAACCCUGAACUGAGCCCAAAGGCACUCUUUGCCGCAAUGAACUUUUUCUUAGAUUUGCAACUAGAUCUUAGAUCUUAAUUAUUUAAAACCGUAAAAUAUGAAUCCACUUCUCAUGACAGAUGAAGUAAGAAGCCUGAGACAAUUUAAGACUUUUUUCCCCUCAUUAUUUCUAGUUGAUCCCUAAGAAACUACCUUUCUGAUGAGCCCAAACAGCUCACAAACUCUUUUCUUCCCUUGGCAAUUGAUUUUUUUUUCUUUUUACAGAUUUAAUUUUUCAUGGUGAAAGGUAAUAAAAUAUCCAUUUUCUCUAGAAGUGCCUUGUGUCUUCAAAAAGUUGUUGGAGAGAGCAUCAGAGGAAGCUAAUCAGUGACCUUUUUUCACCUCCUUUCUAGCUUACUUCCCUUUCUCCCCCUCCCAAAGUUGAGAUGUGUCACUGCUGCACUGAGACUGAUGAAGAGGCUUGAGUACUCUCUGGGAUGCUCGGCUGUGACAGAAGCACUGCCACUGUCUACCGAAGCUGAUCCCGAGACACUCAUGUGUAGAGUUUAACACAUGCUGGACAGGGCACCUGCUUGCUGGAGCCAAGGCUACAUGUUCUCUUAAUUCCAAGCCAUGAAUGAAUCCAGGUGGACUGAAUGGAGCAUCCUGAACAUGAGCAGUGGCAUUGUGAAUGUGUCUGAACGUCACUCCUGCCCACUUGGAUUUGGCUACUACAGUGCGGUGGAUGUGUGCAUCUUUGAGACCGUUGUUAUUGUCUUGCUGACAUUUCUAAUCAUUGCUGGGAAUUUAACGGUCAUCUUUGUCUUUCACUGUGCUCCACUCUUACACCAUUACACUACCAGCUAUUUUAUUCAGACAAUGGCAUAUGCUGAUCUUUUCGUUGGAGUUAGCUGCUUGGUUCCUACUCUCUCACUUCUUCACUACUCCACAGGUAUCCAUGAGUCAUUGACUUGCCAGGUUUUUGGAUAUAUCAUCUCGGUUCUAAAAAGCGUUUCUAUGGCAUGUCUUGCUUGCAUAAGCGUGGAUCGCUAUCUUGCAAUUACCAAGCCUCUUUCCUACAAUCAACUGGUCACUCCUUGUCGCCUGAGAAUUUGCAUUAUUUUAAUCUGGAUCUACUCUUGCCUCAUUUUCUUGCCUUCCUUUUUUGGCUGGGGGAAACCUGGGUACCAUGGUGACAUUUUUGAAUGGUGUGCCACCUCUUGGCUCACCAGUGCCUAUUUUACUGGCUUUAUUGUUUGUUUACUUUAUGCUCCUGCUGCCUUUGUGGUCUGCUUCACUUACUUCCACAUUUUCAAAAUUUGCCGUCAGCACACCAAAGAGAUAAAUGACCGGAGGGCCCGAUUUCCUAGCCAUGAGGUGGAUGCCUCUGGAGAGACCGGACACAGCCCCGACCGUCGCUACGCCAUGGUUUUGUUUCGGAUAACCAGUGUGUUUUACAUGCUGUGGCUCCCUUAUAUAAUUUACUUCCUUCUGGAAAGCUCCCGGGUCUUAGACAAUCCAACACUGUCCUUCCUAACAACCUGGCUUGCUAUAAGUAAUAGUUUUUGUAACUGUGUAAUAUACAGCCUUUCCAACAGUGUUUUCCGGCUAGGCCUCCGAAGACUGUCCAAGACGAUGUGCACAUCUUGUCUGUGUGUGAAGGAUCAGGAAGCACGAGACCCCAAACCUAGGAAACGGGCUAAUUCCUGCUCCAUUUGAAGAGAACUAUACAGUAAAUCCAGUGUAAUCUGACAGGGGUUUUGGAUUGUGUUCUUGAUUCUUCUAUAAUAUCUAAAUAAUUCUUCUGGAAGUUUGCCACUAGAGAAAUAUUUACUUGAAUAGUUGACUAUGAGAUGAAGGGACUAAAGAUUUCUUUUUUUUUUUCCUUCUCUUUUUCCACAGUGGUGGGGGAGGGGGAGCUAGAGAAAAGAAUGUAUAGAGGGUAAUCUCAUGAGAUAACUUUAGUAUGGGAGUAUAAAUGUACAGUAAUAGCAAAAUUAAGCACUGAAGAUGAAAAAAUUAUUGAAAAAAGUAUCUCAGAGCUUCCACAGGACAUGAGCAAAGCCCCUCGGCAUCUCUGUCCUCUCUGACUGAGCUCUCUCCUCUGUCUUUGCCUCUCAUUCUGUCUGUCUGUCUCACUUUCUUUGUGUUUGUGGAAAUGACUUACAUAAAUUGCCCUUUAAAUGCUACAUAUAAUAUAUGUGGCAAAGUGCAAUUUUUUGCAUCAAAGUAUACUCUUAAAUGUACUAAUCUGCAACCCAUAAGUUGUCUCUCUAUGAAGGAUGCAUAGUAAGCAUUGUAUUUUAUUACCUGCCACAUAACCCUUUUGCUUGUGUUUUUAUAAUGUCCGCAGUGCAAAUUGUUUGCUAUAAACAAAAAGAAACAGUACUUUUGUUUCUUCUGGGUAAAAUUAUGUGUACCCACCCCCACCCCCUUUCUAACAGCCUGCUAUUUUUUUCCUCCAUUGUUCUUGAUCUGCAUCCUUUGGUACCUUAACCCAAAAGUGUCUUAGCUAAUGAAAGAAUCUACUAUACAAAGCAAUCAUAAUCUUAAAUAAUCUAUUCCUUCCAACAAAGGUUCUUUGAGAUGUUGUGUUAAAUAUUUUUAAUAGCUUUUGUAUACAUUUUUAUCUGGUUCCUUUCCAAUUAGCUCGUGUGCCCAAAGUAGUGUCUUUUUUUGCUAUAAUAAAGCUUUGUUGUUCUUUAAGGAAAUCCACAAAUAAUUCUAAUGGAGAUUUCAGAGUAUUCACCCAGAAGUAAGGUAUUGCUCUUCAAGCCACACAGCGUGUCCUCCCCGCAAUCCAGUAGAAAAUAUUAACCUUUUUGUGUUAGGUCUACAAAGCUUAGUGUUGCGUCCACCAAUCAUUUGUGUGAUAUGCAUUUGCAUAUACUAUAUUUUUUACAACAAAGAAAAUGUAAAUUAUAUUAUGUGAUCUGUGCCUAAUGUUUUCUUAGCACAAUACAUAGAUCAAUGUUGCUUAACUCAUCAACAUUGGAAAAAAUAUACAAAAACUUUAAAGAGAAAAAUACUUUUGUGUAGUUGUUAUUAGAUAUUUAUAUUAGAUCAAGCUGCAUUCUUAGUACUGCUGAGAAUACGAUAUACUUAAUUAUCAAAUACAGGUAAGAGCUGUCAGUAUUUCCUUUUGUAAUCUGUUUUCAUACGCAGAGAUUAAAUUAACUUAUUUUUUAGUGUGCUACGUGGAAUUGUAUAAUAAAUUGCCAGGGGUUUAGAUGUAGCAAAAUGGCAUUUGGGGGAAUCAGUAGUGAAGCAGGUGUGAGUGGUAAAACAUCUAAAUCUUACUUUUUUACUAUAAGUUUCCUGCCUGACAGAUAUUUUAAAGUUUAUAUCAGACUACUGAGUAUUUUUCUUCUCAGCAUUUUGAUUUAUUUGUUUUAUGAAAUGCAUUUAAUGAAAUGUGCCUAUGACUUCAAAUUGGAAGCCUAGUGUGUUUGCACACGAGUGGUUUGACUUCAGAGGUCCGUUAGUAGAAAUGUCAUCAUUUUAUUGAGGUUGUUUUGAACCCGUGUAUAUUUUUAAACAUGUAAGAAAGGUUUAAAAUAAAGAAUAAAAUAGUAUUCUACGUAUCAAAAUCAGACUUUGUUUCAGUUUCAUAAAAACACUCACUUAGAAUCAAAAUUUAAUUGUUUCACAUUUCUGUGGUUUGGGUUGUUUAUAUUAUUUCUUGCCCUGUGUUUGCCAGUGGCAUUUUGGAUAUUCAAAAUGAACCUUUUAAGUUCAGACCAGUUAAAGGAAAAACAGAUUUCAAGAAAGCAUAAUACUACUAACUUUUCAGCUGUCACAAAUAGAAUAUUCAACAUUAUAUGUAUUAUUUGGGAAUCAGAUUUUGAUUCCUUUAGUUUGGUGUGUAAAUAAAUAUAGCUCGAAAGGAUAUUCUGUAUCCUGUAGAUAUUCUGUAGAGAUAUUCUACAGUAGAUAUUCUGUAGAGAAAACUUGAGGCUGCAUUUAUUGCAUUUUCCUCUUCUGGCUUUUCCUCAUGAUAAUUAGUAACAACAAUUAUGUGUCAAGUUUUAAACACUAUGUUAAGUUUUUUUUUAAUUUUUAAAAAAUGUUUGUUUAUUUUGAGAGAGAGACAGACAGAGCAUGAGCAGGGGAGAGGCAGAGAGAGAGAGAGAGAAACACAGAAUCCAAAGCAGGCUCCAGGCUCUGAGCUGUCAACGCAGAGCCCAACAUGGGGCUUGAACUCACAAACCUUGAGAUCAUGACCAGAGCUGAAGUCAGACACUCAACUGACUGAGCCACCCAGGCACCCCAACACUGUGUUAAGUUUUAUAUAUAUUUUGACUUUUAAUCCUCACUACACCCCUUUCAGAUAGAUACUGUUCUUAUUCUUAUCCUAGAGACAGGAAACUAAAGAAGGGUGAUGGACGCAAGGUCACUCAUUUCCUCCCCACAGGUUCAUUCAUAUUUAGCUGGGUUAGAGCCAAAGCCUACAUACUUAACCACUCUGCUUCACUGCUUUUCUGGGUUUUUGUUUUGUUUUGUUUUGUUUUUUGUUUUCUUUCCUCAAAAGCCUUCACACCUUUGUACCUCUGUCUGUACCUUUUCCUUACAAAUUUCUCUGAGUUUUAUUCUUUUUCUUCACCUAAACAUUUUGCCGUAGUCCCUUCCAUACCUUGUGAUAUCUUUUUCCUUGAUCUUACAAACAUAUUUUAUUAAAACAGCAAUCUCGUAAGCCCAAACUUGCUAGUUUAGUCUGUAAUCAAACUGAAACCUUGGGGCAUAGCAUUUCCUUGGCAUUGCCUUUAUUCAUUUUUGUUAAGUUUUUGUUGAAUAGUUUCUUCAGAUCUGUGUGAAUUUCCUGUUGAAGAAAAUAUUUUCAGGCAGGUGAGUGGAGAAGGUUUACCACAUUCUGAACAUGUUCUAUGUACCAAGAGCCAUGCAGAGCACAUAGGCUACAUUAGCUUGUUUAGUCCUCAAAUCUAGCCCAACAGGAAGGUACAAGUCCCUGGGUUUUACUGAGGAGAAAACUGAGGACUUGGAACAUUCAGUGUCUUACCUAGGGAUAAACAGCCUCUGAAGGCCAGGAGUUCAGUCAAGGUUUCAUAUCCUGGAAAAGCAAGGGGAGCCUAUAAGGCAAGUACUAGGUUUAGAUUUUUCAUUUAUUAUAAUGUUUCAUGUGCAACUCUCAGGCAAGCCUUGUAACUUCCUUUUGACCUAUUUUAAUGUGUGUUUAUAUAAUAAGAUAAUACUUAUUUUGAAACUACUCUGUCUUUUUAAAAUUAAUAUGUUUGAAGAAUGGAAAGCAUAACCAUUAUUCUCAUCAUUAUAUUGUAUUCUGUGGUAAUUAUUCAAUUUGGUUAUAAGUGACAGCGAAACAAUAAUGCCAGAAUCUGUUACUAAGGGUUCGAUUGUCUCUGGAGCCGUUUCUGAAGUUACGUAGUAUUGGAAGUCUUUAUAACCUACUAGGGUAUGAAAUCUGGACUGAAAUCCUGGCCUUCAGAGGCUGUUUAUCCCUAGUAGUACUGAAUGUUCCAAGUCCUCAGUUUUCUCCUCAGUAAAACCCAGGGACUUGUACCUUCCUGUUGGGCUAGAUUUGAGGACUAAACAAGCUAUUGUAGCCUUUGUGCUCUGCAUGGCUCUUGGCACAUAGAACACGUUCAGAAUGUGGUAGCUCCUGUUUCAUUAUCUUUGUGGCUGCCAUAUUCAUUGCUACCAUAAUUUCGAGAUCACUAAUUACAAUCUAAGAAGAUUACAUUUUACAACAGAAUUAAUCCAUUGAGUAUAAGAGUUUCCUAAAACGGCAUUUUUUUCAUAUCUGUUUAAACUCAGAUUUUGGCUUAAACUCAGAUGUUUUUAAAUAUAGAAAACUUCCAUAAUUUUUGAAAGCUCCUUUUCCAGGAAUGAUUAUUCAUGAAGACAUCAUUUGACAUUAAGUAUAACCAGCAAGCAGUUGUUGGGAUGAUUCUGAGAUUAAUUUACCUCCUUACAUUAUUUAUUGCAUAAAAUACGCUUAAACAUUUUUCUUUUGUCAGGUUGGCAAUAGUAAGAAAGGAUUGUUCAGGAAUGUUUUGCCAUUUGUCUUUACAUUUUAAUUUUCUUCACUUACUAAAAUGGAAUUUAGGGUGUUUUGUUAUAUACAGGUUACCUGGAAGAAACAAAGAUUAGCCAACAGGUUUCAUUCUACAUAUGGCACUAAUUUAUGAGUUUAGAAGUAAAUGCAGUUGUUGCCUUGAAGGACUGUCCUCUGUCUCUCUCCACUCUGGAAGCUAAUCAUUAGGUAUGGAAAAGAUACAAGCAUGUGAUAAAUAAAGGAGAUUAAGGUGUGGGGAAUUUGCUAAUAUAACAUGUUCAGGUAGAGCCAUCACAAUGCACAGAAGCUUAGGUUACUGAGCUGAUGUGAUACUCUGAUGUGUACGUUCCAACAAGCGCUCUUCUCCCCGAACAAAACUUUAUUUUUGGAUUAAGAAGAAUAUGUAGAAAGUGGCAUACUCUCCAACCAAAUGUAUGUAUAGACAUAGAAGAAAAUGAAGUGACUAGAAAAGAAAAAGAAAACAACCAGAUUCCCUUUUGAGUGUUUCUCGUAUAUGAGUUUUAUCCAGUGCUCGUUUUGCUCUGCAAUUUAAAAUAUUCAUAACUUUGUUUAAUAGUAUAAAUGGUUGUGUUUUAGAAUAUUAAUAGUGAUGGCAUUGGGUCUUCUUUAUUAAUAUUCUGUUUAAUUUGUUUUUAGAAAUGAGCAUUUACUUCCUUUGUACUCAGAAAAACAAAAUUGUUUUAUUAAAAAGGAUGCUGAAAAAAGCAAGAAUGCUGAGGGUGCCUAGGUGGCUCAUUGGGUUGUGUUUGACUCUUGAUUUCAGCUCAGGUCAUGAUCUCACAGUUUAUGAGAUCAAGUCCCAUGUUCGGCUGUGCACUGACAGUGCAGAUUCUGUCUGGGAUUCUCUCCCCCCCCCCCUUUCUCUGUCUCUGUCAAUAAAUAAAUGAACUCAAAAAAAAAGAGAAUGAUGACUAAGCAAUAUUUUGACGUUUCACAAAACAGUGCUUGUUGAUUCUACAAGUAACAUUAUCCAGUCAUGUUUCUGACUUACUUUGCUUAACAUUAUACUCUCUAGCUCCAUCCGUGUCAUUGCAAAUGACAAGAUCACAUUCUUUUUUAUGGUUGAAUAAUAUUCCAUUGUGUGUAUAUAUCACAUCUUCUUUAUCCAUUUGUCAAUCGAUGGAUACUUGGACUGCUUCCAUAUCUUGGCUAUUGUAAGUAAUGCAGCUAUAAACAUAGAGGUGCAUGUAUCCCUUUGAAUUAGUGUUUUUGUAUCCUUUGGGUAAAUAGGGUAGUUCUAUUUUUAACUUUUUGAGGAACUUCCAUACUGAUGUCCACAGUGGCUGCACCAGUUUACAUUCCCACCAACAGUAUGAGUGUUACUUUUUUUCCCGCAUCCUCACCAACACCUUUUGUUUCUUAUGUUGUUGAUUUUAGCCAUUCUGACAGGUGUGGCGUGGUAUCACUAUAGUUUUGAUUUGCAUUUUCCUGAUGGUAAAUGAUGAAAACAUCUUCUCAUGUGUCUAUUGUUCAUCUGGAUGUCUUUGGAGAAAUAUCUGUUCAUGUCAUCUGCCCAUUUGUAAUUGGAUUAUUUGUUUACUGGGUAUUUUAUCAGUUCUUUAUAUAUUUUGGAUACCCACCCUUUAUCAGAUAUGUCAUUUGCAAAUAUCUUCUUCCAUUCCAGGUUGUCUUUUAGUUUUUUUGAUUGUUACCUUGCUGUGUAGAAAUUUUUGUUUUGAUGUAGUAUAAAUACUUUAUUUUUGCUUUUAUUUCCAUUGCCUCAGGGACCUAUCUAGAAAAAGUUGCUAUGGCCAAUGUCAGAGAAAUUACUGCCUGUGUUCUUUUGUAGGAUUUUCAUGGUUUCAGGUCUCACUUGUAGGCCUCUCAUCCAUUUUGAAUUUAUUUUUGUGUAUGGCGUAAUGAAGUCCAGUUUCAUUCUUUUUCAUGUUGCUGUCCAGUUUUCCCAACACGAUUUGUUGAAGAGACUGUCUUUUUCCCAUUGGAUAUUCUUUCCUGGUUUGUCAAAGAUUAAUUGACCACAUAAUUGUGGGUUCAUUUCUAGGUUUUCUAUUCUGUUCUGUUGAUUUAUGUGUCUAUUUUUGUGCCCAUACCAUACUGUUUUGUUUACCACAGCUUUGUAUGAAGUCUGGAAUUAUGAUGCCUCCAGCUUUGCUUUUCUUUCUCAAGGUUGCUUUGGCUAUUCAGGAUCUUUUGUGUUUCCAUACAAAAUUUAGAAUUUUUUUCUUGUUCUGUGAAAAAUGCUGUUGGUAUUUUGAUAGGGACCACAUUAAAUGUAUAUAUUGCUUUGGGUGGUAUAGACAUUUGAACAAUAUUUGUGCUUCCAAUCCAUGAGCAUGGAAUAUGUCUUUCUACUUCUUUGUAGAUAGUCUAUAUAGUUUUUGAUUCCUAUAAUAUUUAUUUCAGAAAAAAAUUUCAGAGAAAUUGCAACAUUAGAUAUUCUUGACUUAUUUUGGCUUCAACACAAUCAGUUUGAAGUGUUAUUUGCUGCAUCUGAAAGGGAUCUCAGUGACUAUAGGGUUUUUAAUGCACCAGUGAUGACACCUUUUAACAUUUUUCAGAUCUUUAAAUAUCAGAAGAAUGAUCCUAUAUUAGGGAAAUAGGGUUCAACUGAUGUGUUAACUACAUCUCACAGAUACACAAGAGUCUACUUUUCCAAUUCCCCAUCUUCAAAGAUCAUAUAUAUAACUUAAAUUUCUUUUUUUAAUUCUAGUAUACUUAACAUGCAGUGUUAUAUUAGUUCCAGGUGUACAAUGUGUGAUUCAGUAAUUCUAUACAUUACUUGGUGUUCAGUAUAAUUUUUUAAUGGUAAUUUCUAUUCUGUUUUUAUUUAUGGUUCCCCAUGAAGGGAAUCAGAGUAAUACCAAAAAUCAGAGUAAUAUAUUCAUUAGGAGUCUGUUAUGUCUGAUAGAUAUUAACAUGAAAGUCGUAUGUGAUAUCAGCACUUUCACUGUAGUGAAUGGGACCAGAUGAAUCUUUGAGAUUUUUCAUUUCUAAAAUUUCUCGAUGAUAAAUAUCAAGAAAUAUAGAGCAUAGUGGUAGAAUUUAUUGAAUGGAAAUAUUUUCUAGAAUUCUAAAACUUAUCAAAAUGCUACUUUAUGCAAGAGAAAUCACAUGCAUAUUUGAUUUUAGAAAUUAGACUGCAAUUAAUUUAUUUUGUUUUCUAUUUAGGCAAGUGUAAGUAAGGUUGUUGCCAGUUAAAAGUGCCCAAACAUACUUUCUUUAUAAAUUUAAAGUGGUGGUAUUAACUGGGUUGGGAGGCCUGUAAACAAACACAAAGUUAUAUAGCCUGUUCUUUAAGAUUCAAAAUGUAUCUUUGAAUGCAGUGUAGACCAAUGCAAUGAAUGCAAGAGAUAACCCCUUGUCUGAGGUUACACUGGCACAAAUAGUUGUUAAUGUAUAGACUGUAAAAUACAGCUUUAAAACAUUUACUCUACUAACGUUCCUAAGAGAGUUUCAGGUUUAAAAUAGUUAUUAUUAGAUCAUACAUUUUAGACUAAUAGCCUCUUCACAGUUAUUGUGUUUACUUUCUCAGGAAUUUUAUAAUUAAAAAUGCUAAAUUGGUAAAAUUGAUAUUGCAAAUGAUGUAUUUGGAGAAGAUUAAAAGAAUUUCUGAAAAAGCAGGUAAAAAAUCCUGAAAAUCUUUGUUUAAUGUUUUAAUAUGUUUAAAUAUAAUUUAAGUUAAAUUAUGUUUGGACUUUUGUUAUAUUUAUUAUUUUGGCAAGGAAAGGAAGAUUCAGGUUUUGAUUUUAAGAAUUGUUGGAAGUUACCAAUUUUAAAAUAGAACAUGGUUUCUUGUUUGUAAGAAAAUAAACUCUGUAUAAAGUAUACCUAGGUUUUUUUGAAAUGUUCUUGCCGUUAGAUAUUUAAAAUGUGAUUUGUAUUGAAAUUAAAAAUUACAGUGAUGUAGAUGUUCAAUUCUUUCUCUGUUCAAAUAGAUUUUGAGGAAAACGUAACAUCCCAAGGAUUAGUUUUCUCUCCUUGCUUCUGUUGUUUAAAGUCAGUUGUUUUUAAAUGUUUUACAUCACCAACAUCUUAAAACUUUACUGGAUUUCUAGGUAUAUUUAUUUGGAAAUAGAUCUGGAAAAGUGCAUUUUGAAGACUCAUAUUUACAAUGUCAUGUUAUUAAACGUGUCUUGUGAUGGCUUCUGUUAUUUAAGUCAUCAAUUUCAUAUAUCAGCCCUCUUUGUAAAUGUGAUUUAACACUUACAAUUAAACAGACUUAAAAUUUAUUAGAAGACUAGAUUUGGAUUUACUUUUAUAGAUUCUGAAUCCAGGACAUCUGGUAGUAUCAUAGGGACAGACAGCGUGCGUGUGUAUGAGGGGGGUGUCUUAAUGCUUUUACCACAUUACAAACUUAGGGGGGAAAUGCUGGCAUUCUCAAUUUGCAGUCCUUGUAGGGUGUUUAAUUACUUUUCUAAUAGUUAAAGGUACACAUCUUUUUUUAGAAAACAUAUUAGGAUUUGAAGUAAUGUUCUUGAGCACAGUUACCAAUAUAUCCCAGUUUGGAAUGUUACUAUGGCAUAUAUUCAAAUGAUUCAGUGUACCAUGAGGAAAAUGGAGACAAGCAUGUACCUCUGUUGUGAGGGUUAAGAAAUUAUUAGAGAUCACUGCAAGUUAAAAUUUGAAAAAGGUUAAAAUGCUUUUUGAACAUGCAUAAUGCCCUUGACAUUCUAAAAGCUUUUGUGAGUAAGCACUAUCUCAUUUCACAUGCAGAAAUCUGAGAUAAGAUUUUUAAGUGACCCUAGUAUCAUAUAGCUAGACAGAGCUAGUCCCGAGCAUAUGUCUUGUGUAGCAAUAGUUUUGCCCAUGAUAAGGCUCUUGAAUCAUGUAUUUAUGGAUGGCUGGUGGUAGAAUGACCUUACCCUUCUUCCUUGAGUAGAAAAUGAAGGCUUACUUAGUUGAUACAGGAAAGAUUCCAUGUGAAAUUUUAACUUUUAACCUAUUAAGUAGGAAAGAUCACCUUAAAAUUAACUGGAUGUUACAAGGGAGCUUUUGAGAUCAUGGAAAAUUUUAAUAAGAUGUAUUUAGUACUACUCAUUGUUUUGAUAUUAAAACAAUUUCUAGUCCAUAGAGGAUAAUGAAAAUUUACCUCUCCUUUUAAAAACACAGUACGGGUGCCUGGGUGGUUCAGUUGGUUAAGUGUCCAGCUCUUGGUUUCAGCUCAGGUCAUGAUCUCAUAGUUCCUGAGCUCCAUGCUAGCUGUGUGGAGCCUGCUUGGGAUUCACUCUCUUUGCCCCUCUCCUGCUUCUGUUCGUUAGUGUGUGUUCGUUCUCUCUCUCUCUCUCUCUCUCUCUCUCUCUCUCUUUUUCAACAAAUAAAACCCCAAAACACAAUAGUUGUCUGCUAAAUAUAUUAGAAGAUAUAUAGACUGAAUUGGAUAGUUUUAGCUGUAUAUUUAAAAAUAUAAUGAUGGGGGCACCUGGGUGGCUUAGUUGGUUAAGCAUCCAACUUUGGCUCAGGUCAUGAUCUCUUGGUUCAUGGGUUUGAGCCUGACAAGGCUCUGAGCAGUCAUCACAAAGCCCAGAGCCUACUUUGAAUUCUGUGUCUCCCUCUCUCUCUCUUCCCCUCCUCCUCCUCCUCCUCCUCUUCCUCUUGUACUCUGUUUCAAAAAUAAAUAAACAUUAAAAAAAUUAAAAAAUAGAAAAAUAUAAUGAUGAGGAACUGUCAAUCACACUUUCUUCAUAUAACUACUUUUGAAAAGUAAACAUGUCACAACCAUGUUCUGAAUGUUCUUUGUGAUGGAUUUGCAGUAUUUUUGAAGUCAUCAUAGGAUGGGUUUUUCUGAAGCAUUAUAAUGGAAAAGGUUUUGACAUUUCUUGCUACAGUGCUUUAUAUAUGUUUUAUGUUUAAUAUAUGAAAUAAUAUUCAGGGAAUAAAAUAAGUCUGAAUCAGUGAUGUUUUAAAUGAAACCCUUCUAAUGUAUAAUUCAGUUUUAUUUUAAUGAAAUAAUAUGGUUACAGAAAAAUUAAAGGAACUCAAUUUAGACUAACACAGGAUUGUCUUGUAAAGGUCCUUAAAUGAAUCCUUUCCUUGGUUCCCAGUAUAGGCAGCAAUUGAAAUAAAUUCAACUAAGUUAUUUGGAAAGUUUAUUUUCUUACAAAUUUAAAAUUUCUGUGAUUGUUUAUGACUACUUAAUUUAUGGUACUAACUAAAAGGGCUUGCAAGAUGAGUCAUUGCAAAAUCCAAAUUAUUGAAAUCUUAAUUUGCAUUCCAUAUCAACAAAUUAGGACAAUAAAUAUUUAUUGAUUGUGGGUAUAAGUCGGGUAUAAAUUGUGGUUUGUAAUACUCCUGGUCGCUUUUAAAUCCAAAGUAUAACUUAUGAAUAGUGGGAAGCAAGCAAGGGGGCAGAUCAUCUGAUUUCCAGGAUUUGAGGGAGAGAUUGCAGAAAAGUCUUAGGAACAAUGCAAUAGAUUGAGGAAUUAGAGAGACUGAUGCAUUUAAAAAGAUGAAUUGACCUAAAUAUCUGGCCGCAUGUUUAGAUUCUGCAGUUACAGAGCAUACCUUGGGAUAUUUGAGAAGUUGUCAAAGCGAAAGGAAGGGGAAUGUUCGAUAUUCAACACAAUACAAAACCAUGUGAGGAAAUUUCGGGACGCAGUAUAUUACAAAGAGAAUGUUCUUUUAUAUGCAUUAAAUCUGAUUAGAAUAAAGUAACUCGUUUAGGUGUAAAGUAUAAGCUUUGAGGUUAGGACAGAAAUGUUAACAGGGGUGGAUAUAGCUUGAGGGAAUAUAUAUGGGACACAUUCUGUCAACUCCAGCAUCAUCCUAGAUCACUGCUUCUUAGAUUCGUUUUCUUUACUAUUUGUCACCUGAUUAUAGGUGAAUCUCUAUGAUUAGAAUUUCUAUCUUUAUGACAGGUGGGUUUUAGCUUAUCUGCCUAUCAACCAAGCUAGGCAUAUGAUGUGGACCUUAUAUAUAAUUAUAAUCAAUUAAAUUAUAAUUAAUUUUUGAUCAAUAUAAUUAUUGUUCUUUAUUUGGUUGUUACUCUGUUGCUAGGGACUAUACUAAAUUCUGUGCAAGAUGAUGAGACUUAUAAGUAAAACAUAUUUUUAGUUCUCCAAGAACAUAUAGACUAUUAGGGGUCAUAUGGACAACAUAUAGAUACUUAUAAGACAGGGAUUGACAAAUUAAAGCCCACUGCCUACUAUUGUUAAUAAAGUUUUAUUGAAACUUAGCUGUGCCCAUUCAUUUUUGUGUUGCCUGUGACUGCUUUCAUACCACAAUGGCAGGGUUAAGUUAUUGUGACAGAGACCUUCUAUCUUACAGAAGUUAAAAUACUUACUGUCUGGCCCUUCCAGAAAAAAAUCUCCUGACCUCUGAUAUAAGACAUUAUAAAUGCUUUUUAUAUGGUACAUACAGUAAUAAAAUGUUGUGCUUUUAUAAUUGCAAAGGAUCUCAUGAGUGAUAAUUUCAAUCUGAUUCAUCCAGGCAUCAGGAGAAUUUCUGGCAUGUGGGUAAAACUCUAGACACUGAUUCCUUCCCUAUGAUUCCAGUGGUUUGUCAACUGAAUACGUCACUCUAAAUGAAAUAGUCCUACACUUUCUAAGUAAAUUAUUCUUACCUUUUAUGGCUAACAUAUUUAUAUUUUGUCCUAUUUGGCUAUGGUCCUUUGUGUAUCUAUGCUUAAUUUUUGAAGAACUGUCAACUGUUUUACAGUGUUGAGUCCUAUUUUUAGAUCUCUAGCUUAACCUGUACCCUGAUCAUUAAAAUCACUCAGUGCUGGGCACUGCUAUUAUAAACAUUGAGCUUUCUGUCUGUCAGUGGAUAUAGAGAGUAAGAGCUGUUACAGAAACAUGACAACUAUUUCAAGAACAAUAACAUAAAAAUCCCUGUCCCUCUGGAAUUAGAUUUUAAAAUACAAUAAGAUAAUUAAAAGAAAGGAUUGGCAAUGAAAAAAACCCACUUAUUUCCUCGUCUUUUUAUUAAACUAUUAAUGUAGCAGUCAGUAAUACUUAAUAUUGGACAAAAGUUUCAGACGUCAAAAACAUGUGUUAAACUUUCCUCAAUAAAUAAUAAUCUUAUCCAAAAGAAUUGAUUUUACUUAUAAAUAAGUGGCCUCUUUUGUAGUACUUUAAUAAGCAGUAAAGCAGAAAACUAAAGGACAGAAGAUCUCGCUGUAUAGGAGGCAAAACUGUGUGUAACUCUAAAAUGUAUAUGACUUAGAGAAUUUAUAAUUCUGCAUUGACGUACAACAUAUUAGCAAGUGCUUGGAAAUUUGUAAAUUAGAAUGUAAGUGGGUAUAGUUGCACUCAUGGCUGAGAUUUAUUACAGCAAAAGGAAUUUUAUGGUGUCUGACAUUGUCAACUAAUGGUGUUUUAAAUUAAUCUGAGUGUUUGAGUUUUUCUCAAGUUUAGUCAAAUGGGCGAGAAAAUGAAUGAAUGAUCUUGACAUUUAUAUCAAAGAGACACUUUGGUUCAUUAGAAUAAAAGCAAAUACUUACGUAUGCUUUUGAGGCAUUAGGUACUGUUCCAAGUCACUGAGGUAGGAGAGCCAUUAUUUGAACCCAUGUAGUCUAGCUGAACACCUUUAUAAUUUAUUUGUCUUAUAUUUCCUGUAAAAAAUGAAUAGGAAUAUUAGUCACACAAAAGAAUGAAAUCUUUCAUUGGCAACAACAUGGGUGAAUCUAGAGGGUGUAAUGCUAAGUGAAAAAAGUCAGAGAAAUACAAAUACCAUAUCAUUUCACUCAUGUGGAAGUUAAGGAAAAAACAAAAAAGAAAUAAGCAAAGGAAAAAAAAAAAAAAAGAGACAAAGCAAGAAACAAACUCUUACCACUAGAGAACAAACUGAUGGUUACCAGAGGGCAGAUGGGUGAAAUAGGUGAUGGGGAUUAAAGACUACAUUUAUCGUGAUGAACACUGAGUAGUUUAUACAGUUGUUGAAUCACUAUGUUGUACACCUGAAACUAAUAUAAUACUGUGUAUUAACUAUAGUGGAAUUAAAAUUGAAAACUUAAUAAAAAAUGUGAAAAAAACCCAAAUGAAGAAAGAAAAAAGGAGACAAAAAACAGAUUUUUAAAUAUAGAGAGGAAACUGGUGGUUACCAGAAAGGAGGUGGGUGGGGAGAUGGGUGAAAGGUGAAGGAUGAAGGGAAUUAAGGGCACACUUAGCAUGUGAUGAGCACUGAGUUAUGGUUAGAAUUGUUGAAUCACUAUAUGGUACACUCAAAACUAACAUAACAUUGUUAAUUUAUAGUGGAAUUAAAAAUAAAUUUUUAAAACACAUAGAAUAAUUUCACAUAAAGCUGAAUGUUUUAAAAAGCCCAGCAAAUUGUCAGGUUUACAUUAGUUUGAUUUUAAAUGAAAGCUCUCCAGAGGAUCAUUGGAUCUUCCCGUUUUUUCCAGAACAAUGGACUGCAGAGUCUUAAGACCUCAAGAAUUUCUUAUAGAGAUCAUUUGAGUGUUAGGAUAUUGUCUCUACUUCUUGAUAUAUUCAGUAACUUGCCUUUCCAUAAUAAGUAUCUCUAAUUAUCAGACAACUCUAUAAAAGGAUGAGCUAAUAGCUAAUCACUGUAAACUCUUUAAGUUCUGCCUCUUAAUUCUCAUCGCUUCUACAUCACUAAUUUCUCCUUUUCAUUCUCAAUCAAGAUUCAUUUUAGUUAUUUUUAAUUUUAAUUUUUUUAAGUUUAUUUACUUAGAGUAAGCUGGGGAGAGGCAGAGAGAGAGAGAGAGGGAGAGAGAGAAUCCCAAGCAGGCCCCACACUGCCAGCACAGAGCCCAUUGCAGGGUUCGAUAUCAUGAACCAUGAGAUCCUGAUCUGAGCUGAUAUCUAGGGUGCGACACUUAACUGACUGAGCCACCAGACACCCCUGUUUUUAAUAUUUUAAAGAAAUAUUACUCCUUGGGGUGCCUGGGUGGAAAUAUUACUCCUUGGAGUGCCUGGGUGGCUCAAUUGGUUAAGCAUCCGACUUCGGCUUUGCGGUUCAUGGGUUCGAGCCCCAGGUUGGGCUCUGUGCUGACAGCUCAGAGCCUGGAGCCUGCAGCCUAUUUCGGAUUCUGUGUCUCCUUGUCUCUCUGCCCCUCCCCCACUUGCACUCUGUCUCUCUCAAAAAAUAAA